AUGGUCCUGUUAAGUGUUCUUGGUUUUCCCCGCAUCGGUGCAAACCGUGAGGUGAAAAAGGCUGUUGAAGUCAACUGGACUGGCAACCUCUCCGCAGAGGAGUUGAUAAAGGCUGCUUCCGAUGUCAAAAAGUCCAGCUGGAGUAGCCUCAAAGAACGAGGUGUCGACUUGAUCCCCAGGUUAGCGUCUCCUUCGAGAUCAACGGUGUCUAUUCAAUGCCAUCCCUAA